AUGGCCCCGCUACCUGCUGAACGAGUCACUGCCAAUAGACCAUUCAAUUUAACUGGCUUGGACUUUGCUGGUCCUUUCUCAUGCAAAACAUCUUUAUUGAAACGCACACAAACAACAAAAGGUUAUCUGUGCAUAUUUGUAUGUUUGACCACCAAAGCUACUCAUCUAGAGUUCCUGUCCUCGAUGUCUGUCAACAACUUCAUCACCGCUCUACACCGAUUUAUUGCCCGCAGAGGUGCGCCGCACACUCUGUUUUCAGACAACGCUAAGACUUUCACAUCCGCCGCAAGAAAAAUGUAUGAGUUAGAAAAACUCUUGAAGACGAUGCCCUCUGAAGUGAAGUGCUUUCUGUCUAACUACGGCAUAAACUGGAAGUUCAUUCCCCCUUAUGCUCCGCAUCAAGGAGGCAUAUGGGAAGCCGCCGUCAAAUCCGCCAAAACACUGCUACACCGCUGUAUUGGGGACACAGCUCUUACAUACGAAGAGUAUGACACCAUUUUCGUUAGAAUUGAAAGUAUUCUAAAUAGUCGACCGCUUACAGAAUUGUCCUCUGAACCUGCUGAAGCUGCCUCCGUGCUCACUCCCGGGCACUUCCUAAUUGGUAGACCUCUUACCGCACCACCGCAACCCAUAGAGACGAAGGAACUAUUGGUCGCACGCCGCUGGAGACUUACAAACCAAAUGACCCAAUAUUUCUGGAAUCGCUGGUCCAAGGAGUACCUAUGCACCUUGAUCAAUCGCACAAAAUGGAAAACCGCUGAAAGAAACUUGCAACUUAACAAUUUGGUCAUAAUCAAAUCUGUCAACACCUCUCCUCUCAGCUGGCCGUUAGGCAGGAUUAUUGCGCUACACCCUGGUAAAGAUGGACUAGUACGUGUAGUCACUAUCAAAUGCGCAUCUGGGAACAUUGUUCGAGACAUACGCAAAGUUCACCGCAUCAUUUGA